CGGCGUGUUUUCGUUUUGACCGCCGACAUGGCGCUGGUUGGGCUGGUGGUGCGGCGAGCUGCGUUGCCGGCAGUUGGGGGGCUAAGCAGGCCCAGGCGGUCGCCGUGUUUCGCUUCGGGGUUCCUGCCUUGCAGACACGCGGCCCAUUUCACUUUCCAUCCGGACCAGGAGCCUAGCCAGCAUGGCCAAACACAAAAAAUGAAUCUUUUCCAGUCUGUAACGAGUGCCUUGGAUAAUGUCUUGUCUAAAGAUCCAACUGCAGUAAUAUUUGGUGAAGAUGUAGCCUUUGGUGGAGUCUUCAGGUGCACCCUAGGCUUGAGAGACAAAUAUGGUAAAGACAGAGUUUUCAAUACACCCUUAUGUGAACAAGGAAUUGUAGGAUUUGGCAUUGGAGUUGCAGUUGCUGGGGCUACAGCUAUUGCAGAAAUUCAGUUUGCUGAUUACAUUUUCCCUGCCUUUGAUCAGAUUGUUAAUGAGGCAGCAAAGUAUCGUUAUCGGUCUGGAGAUCUCUUCAACUGUGGAAGUCUCACAAUAAGAGCACCUUGGGGUUGUGUGGGUCAUGGUGCAUUAUAUCACUCCCAAAGUCCAGAAGCCUUUUUUGCUCAUUGUCCUGGGCUAAAGGUUGUUAUUCCAAGAAGUCCUAUUGAAGCUAAAGGACUAUUGCUAUCAUGCAUAGAAGAUAAAAACCCUUGUAUAUUCUUUGAGCCAAAAAUAUUGUACAGAGCAGCAGUGGAACAAGUCCCUGUGGAGCCAUACUACAUUCCACUUUCUCAAGCAGAAGUGCUGCAGGACGGAAGUGAUGUUACACUGGUGGCGUGGGGCACUCAGGUUCAUGUUAUCAAAGAGGUAGCAGUUAUGGCUCAAGAAAAACUUGGCGUAUCCUGUGAAGUAAUUGAUCUGAAGACUAUUCUACCUUGGGAUGCAGAUACUGUAUGCAAGUCUGUGGCAAAGACUGGACGAUUGCUAAUCAGCCAUGAAGCCCCUCUUACAGGAGGUUUUGCAUCUGAGAUUAGCUCCACAGUUCAGGAGGAGUGUUUCUUGAAUCUAGAGGCUCCUAUUUCAAGGGUCUGUGGUUAUGAUACGCCAUUCCCUCACAUUUUUGAACCCUUCUAUAUCCCAGACAAAUGGAAAUGCUAUGAUGCUCUUCGGAAAAUGAUAAAUUAUUGAUUAAACAGGUCCCAUGACACUGGAAAUAAGCAUUCUGUGAUUGGAAAUAGCUGCUGGGAAAAGGGGAAAGCAGAACAAAUCCGGCUCCAUCUCCACCUUCUGCUGAGAUGGCAGUAGCAAGAAUUUCAUUGUUGAAAAAAAGUUUUGCUUACUGGCUCAAGGUUAACUAGUGAACUUCAUGGCUGAUGGGAAUCUGAACCCAGAUCUUCUAGUCUGUAAACAUACCCAUUCACUGAUGAGAGAGAGAUUUUGGUAGAUGUGCAGAAUUUAUAUAUGCAGAAAGAUAUUACUCUGUUCUCCCAUCCAAGCAGAUUGCAAGAAUGAGUUAAAACCAGUGAAAAUUAGGAAAUAAAGGAAAACAGAAUGUAAGGGUCCCAGACAGCCAAUUUGCCCAUCACCAUUCAACAAAUAUAAUUUUCCUUGACUUAAAGGGUACACCCAGCCAUAGUAGGAUUUCUCCUCCUCCCCCCUCCCUCUUUGCCAGAAAUCUGCCUCCAUGAAUAUAUUUCUGUAGCACUGUGUAGCUGGCUUUGUGGAAGUAAAGCUCGCUUCCCCAGCUGGGGAGUCUGGAAGCUACAUUUGCCAUUUUCUUAUCAUUCCCUCCCCACAAAUGUUUUAGGUGAUAAGGAAUGUUAUUCCAUUGCCGCCCCACCUCUGGUCCCACUAAUCCAACACCAAGACACAGUUUUAAUAGGAAAGGAGUGAAAUAGCAGUUGAUCCUAUGGAAGGGCAUCCCUGCUUCUCCUCUCCAUUUAGUAAUAAUGUAAUUUCUUACAUAGGAAAAUGCUUACGCAUUCUGAGUUCCGAUUACUUUGAUGAUUGAUGAAACUCAUUCACUCUUAAUAUAUCAGAAUUUAAAGCUAAGGUCUUUCUUGUUUUACUGUAUAAUGUUCAUAUCUCACAUUCACGCUUGUAUUAGUUUCAUUUUUAAAAGUCCUUUGCCAUUGUUGUUCAGUAUGAUUCCAAUCUUUUUCUGAAUAGGAAAGUCUAUUGCCUAUGGAUUGUAUCCUUUCAAGGCCCCUUCAUUAACUGAAUAAAACUCCUUUUGGUGGAACAAGUCUUUGACUGCCAGAGGAAGGCCUUUUUUCUUCUACCUGAAGGGGGGCCUUGUCGGAACUGAACCUACAUAAAUGCUGUUUCAUAGUGCUACUGUGAAGCUAGCAAGUUAGAUUGUGUGUUAUCAUUUCCACUGUAGCACUUCCUUUCUUUAGCACAGCUAAAUCAAUAUUUUUCCCAAAGAAAUAAGACCUAUAAUUUAAUCUUUUUGCAUAUUUAAAAUGGAGCAUAAACUGGGUAUAAAUAUCAUUUAAUUAUAGAACUUGUCUGUUUUCUGUGCUGAAGAUGAAUACGUUAAUGUUUUUUGUGUAGAUUUAUGUAGAAUGAAAGAUUAAUUGACAAGUGAAUAUAGGUCUGUUGUAUUCCUUGUUUCAGCUGAAAAUCUGUCAAGAUGCUGUGCAUUUUAUAAAGAUUUUUACUGGUACUAA